CUGGAGCCAAGUGGUGUCGAGUGGAGCUCUGCAUGCUUCCAGACGAGGAGGCCUGCAUGCCGGACUAGGCAGUCCUUUUCAUCAGGGUCAACAAGAUGCUAGUGCAGGUGCUGUGGCGGAUGAUAGUGGAGGGGACCAAAAUGAUUUGUGUUUUGAAGAGGAGGAGCAAGAAGAGAUGAAUUUUGUAAUCUCGUCUGAUCAAAACUUGGCUGCUGGAGGUGUCGAAGCUGUCAUUGUUGAGCGUCGCUCCUCUUCCUGCGCGAGUGAAGAUUUCGGAGGUGAACCACGCAACAUGUUGAUCGAAGGGGACGGUCAGGAACUCUUGGAUGUUGGUGACGCCAGCGCUAGAGGACCUCAGCCAAACACUAGAAAUUCCCGGAGAACUGACGCGCAGAAGCACGGAAAAGAGAAAGACCCACUACUUGAUGAUGCUGGUACUUCUAUGGUAACUGCACAGGACUAUGACGGUCAGGAAAUAAUACCGGAUGGGAA